AGAGAGCUAAAGACAAAGAGAGAGGGGCAUAUAUUUGGCGAUAGGGAGGGAGAGAGUGUACAUGUAUAUAUAUCUAUAUAUAUAUAUAUAUAUAUAUCUGUAUGUUUGGGAAGCCAGGUGUCGUAUGUAAGAGAGAGAGAGAGAGAAAGAGGGAAAGAAUGUGUAGAUUAAUUGUGUAGAUUUACUGUCAGUGUUCUUGUUAAGAUGGCGACUGAAGGUGGUGGUAAUAACUUUGGAUAUGAACAGACACUGCUUUGUGGUCAAUAUUCGAGAGACUUGGGAUCAUUUGCGCAGUACCAAGCUAAUCAACUAAAAUCUAAGCCAGACCAACUGUUUGAAACUGAGGGACAAACAAAACCAGCAGUUGGCUUCUGGGCAUAUUGGGAACAAUGUAUCCGACUUCGAGACAUUAUUUUUCACAAAAUUGGAGAAGAUUGGGUGUUCUUAGCUUUAUUAGGAAUUAUAAUGGCCUUGAUGAGUUUUACAAUGGAUUACGUCAUUGAAAAAUGCCAGGAAGCAAAAAUCUGGCUCUUUGAAGAGCUGUCCUUCUCUUUAGCAUUACAGUUUGUGGCCUGGGUCACGUACUCAUUAAUGUUCAUUCUCUUUGCUACCGGCUUUACACACCUUGUCUCGCCUCAGGCAAUAGGUUCUGGAAUUCCAGAGAUGAAAACCAUUCUUCGAGGUGUUGUCCUAAAGGAAUAUCUUACUUUCCGUACACUGGUUGCCAAAAUUGUUGGCCUCUGUUCAUCACUGGGUAGCACAUUGCCCCUGGGUAAAGAGGGUCCAUUUGUACACAUAGCAAGUAUAGUUGCUACACUCCUAGGAAAGCUGGUUGGCUCUUUUCGUGGUAUCUAUGAAAAUGAAUCCCGCCGCUCUGAGAUGUUAGCUGCAGCAUGUGCUGUUGGUGUUGCUUGCACAUUUGCUGCACCAAUUGGAGGAGUAUUGUUCAGUAUUGAAGUAACAGCCACAUUUUUUGCUGUCAGAAACUACUGGAGAGGAUUUUUCUCUGCUGUGUGUGGGGCACUUAUUUUUAGGUUAUUGGCAUUUUGGUUUAAAGAUGAAGAAACCAUAACAGCUUUAUUUAAGACAACUUUAAGAACAGAAGUGCCAUUUGAUGCUCUUGAAUUGAUCAUUUUUGCAGGAAUUGGCGUAGCAUGUGGCUUAGGUGGGUCUCUCUUCAUUUUACUUCAUAGAAAAAUAAUUCUCUUCACCAGAAGACACAAAAGGAUGUCUGCUUUUCUACAGAAAAAUCGAUUUAUUUAUCCUGGAAUAAUAGCUAUUUUAAUAUCUACAUUAACAUUCCCACCUGGUCUUGGACAAUAUUUUGCUGGACAGUUGACUGCUCGUCGAGCCAUUAACGAACUAUUCAGCAAUAUUACAUGGACCACAGGACAAGCUGAUGAUUUAGAAGAAGAGGCUAUCCUCAGCCACUGGAAUCCUCCUGCUACCAAUAUCUAUGUCACAUUAUUACUCUAUGUCAUUAUGACUUUUUGGAUGGGUGCCUUGUCAAACACUUUACCAAUUCCUGCGGGUGUCUUUGUUCCAGUUUUCUGUUGUGGAGCCGCAUUUGGAAGGCUGGUCGGUGAGAGUAUGUCUACGUGGUUUCCAGAAGGAAUUCGUAGUGGAGAUGUUGUUCGGAAAAUAGUUCCUGGAGGGUAUGCUGUGGUCGGUGCAGCAGCCCUCUCUGGAAGUGUAACGCGUACAAUAUCCACGUCUGUGAUAGUAUUUGAACUUACUGGUCAGAUUAGCCAUGUGUUGCCUGCUGUGGUUGCUGUAUUGAUUGCCAAUGCAGUUGCACAUUUUUUGCAGCCUUCCUUCUAUGACAGUAUCAUUCGGUUAAAAAGGCUGCCCUAUCUUCCUGACCUCAUCAACACUAAACAAGAUGCUUGGACUGUAUUUGUUGAAGACAUCAUGAUAAAAGAUAUCAGUUAUAUCACAUUCGUAUCGACAUAUUACGAUCUGCAGGAGUUACUCACUAACUCAUCCUUCAAAUCUUACCCACUUGUGGAUACUCCUGAAUCAAUGAUUCUUCUUGGUUCCAUUCAACGAUUUGAGUUGGAACGGUUGCUAUGGUUACAUCUAAGCAGCAACCAGACUUUGCUGAAUGAUCGGAAACCAUCGUCGCAUACGCUCUCCCCUCCACCGUCUCCAGGGAGGUUUAGAAAAACAUCCUCACCGUCAAUCGUUCGCAAAAAUUCCUCAGCAAAGUUGCCACAGCCAAUACCACGGUUUGUGGUGACCAAAGUAGAUGAGACUGGAACUGAAUUUGAUGGAAAUCUUGAUGAACAAGACACCAUUCCAGCGGAACCAGAACGGAAAGAAAUGAAACAGAAGCUGCACCAUAGUUUACCCUCAUCUGGACAAUAUGUAUCACCUCCCCAUUUUAAAAGACUGCCUCCUGGACUAAGGCCUAGCAGCUUUAAAAGAAAGCGCAAUGUUUCUUUCCUCAAAUCGCUAAAUCUGAAAGAGGACACAGACUACCAUUAUGACACGCUCCAGUUGCCAUUAAGGUCAAUUCUAAAGAAAACCAAUUCUGAAUCACCAUUUCUCAGUCGAAGAGCCAGUACAGGAGAUCUUAGAAUGGAUGGUGAUCUCUUUUACCGAGAUCUUGCUGCCAAACAGAGAAAGGAAAGUAUUGUUGAAGAUGUACCGUUUGUUUUCAAGAAAAACAGUAUGCCAGAGUCCUUGAGUAAAUUAUUCAAAGUGCCUUUUAAACAGAAUCGAAAAUCUGUCCACCAAGAAGAAGUAAAGGAUAAAGACAAAGAAAGAAGUCUAUUGAAUGAGCAGAUAAAUUGGGAAGGGUGUCAGAUUGAUCCAGCACCUUUCCAGUUAGUAGAGAAGACUUCUUUACAUAAGGUCCAUUCUUUAUUCUCACUAUUAGGUCUCAGUCAUGCGUUUGUGACCAAUAUUGGUAAACUAGUUGGUGUCGUUGGAUUAAAAGAGUUGCGUAACUCCAUCCAGGGCCAAAUAGACGCACAAGCUAAACACAAGGCAUCCGGUAGACAUGAUGCUGACAGCAGCGAGGAGGACAACGACGACCCGGCCCAGCUAGAGGUUGUGCGCGAAAAUGGCCACCGAGAGACAUUCACACUAGUCAAGAGGGAGAUUGCAGAAGAGACGGUUUGAAAUGAAAGGAUGUGGUGAAACGUGUCUUGGUUUCCUGGUUUCCAAAUACUUGAAUGUGUGUGUGUGUAUACAUGUUUGUCUGCUUUGGCAUUCUCUCUCUCUCUCUCUCUGGAAUCACAUUUGUACAAAUUCUUAAAAAAAAAGAAGAGAGAAAAAAUACCAAAAGGUAAAGGAAAAGAAAAACAAAGCUUUGU